UUUCUCAGCCGCCCAGCCUCUCUCCCCCCCCCCCACAAAAUCUCUUUCCCCUGAAGGAAAAGAGCCAGACCCAGAGGGGGAGUCUGUCUGCCAGCCAAGUGCUGCUCCCUGGUGCUCACAGGCUGCUCCAUCUCCAACUCUCUCUCAUUCAUUUCGCCGGCUAACAUGAGAGAUCAUGGCCGCCUUCGGGCUCCUCAGCUAUGAGCAGAGACCUCUCAAGCGGUCCCGCUUGGGUCCGCCCGACGUCUACCCGCAAGACCCGAAGCAGAAGGAGGAUGAACUUACUGCUGUGAAUGUAAAGCAGGGAUUCAGUAACCAACCAGCCUUCUCUGGAGAUGAGCAUGGGUCUGCUCGAAAUAUUGUCAUUAACCCUUCAAAGAUUGGUGCUUACUUUAGCAGCAUAUUAGCAGAGAAGUUAAAACUGAACACUUUCCAGGACACAGGAAAGAAGAAACCGCAAGUCAAUGCCAAAGACAAUUACUGGCUAGUUACGGCUCGUUCCCAGAGUGCAAUUCAUAACUGGUUUGCAGAUUUAGCCGGAAAUAAACCACUGACUAUUCUAGCAAAAAAGGUUCCAAUUCUCAGUAAAAAAGAAGAUGUUUUUGCUUAUUUAGCAAAAUAUUCUGUGCCGCUGCUGCGAGCAGCAUGGUUGAUAAAAAUGACAUGUGCCUACUAUGCUGCCAUUUCUGAAGCUAAAAUCAAGAAACGUCAAGCUGCUGAUCCUAAUCUGGAAUGGACUCAGAUUUCAACCAGGUAUCUCCGAGAACAGCUGGGAAAGAUUGCAGAUUUUUAUCAUAUGACCUCAAGUCAAGGCAGCAACUCUGUAGCUAUGGAUCCUGAAGUGGAACAAGCCCUGAAGCAAUGGGAAUAUAAUGAAAAGUUAGCAUUUUAUAUGUUCCAGGAAGGAAUGCUUGAAAGACAUGAAUAUUUAACAUGGAUACUGGAUGUCUUGGAAAAAUUAAGGCCUGCCGAUGAUGAACUUCUAAAACUCCUUCUACCGAUAAUGUUGCAGUAUUCCGAAGAGUUCGUUCAAUCAGCCUACCUGUCCCGCCGCCUUGCUUAUUUCUGUGCCAGACGAGUCUCCUUACUGAUAAGUGACAAUCCUAACCUCAUAGCUACUCACUCACCUCAUAUGAUUCUUGGACCAAACAAUCCUCCUCUAGCAGCAUCCAGCCCUUCUACAACUGGUCCUGGAGUGAAUCCUGCACAGCUUGCCUGCUCAGAUUUCCUUUCAUGCCCACAGCAUCGUCCUCUUGUUUAUGGACUCAGUUGUAUGCUACAGACUAUAACUCUCUGUUGCCCAAGUGCCUUGGUGUGGAAUUAUUCCACAAAUGAAAGUAAAAACAUCAAUCCUGGUUCACCUUUGGAUUUACUUCAGAUUGCUCCAUCUAGUUUACCUAUGCCAGGAGGAAAUUCUGCAUUCAACCAGCAGGUUCGAGCCAAGAUUUAUGAAGUAGAACAGCAAAUAAAACAAAGGGGGCGUGCUGUGGAAGUGCGAUGGUCAUUUGACAAAUGCCAAGAAUCAACUGCAGGAGUUACUAUCAACAGGGUUUUGCACACAUUGGAGGUUUUGGAUCGACAUUGUUUCGAUAGAUCCGAUUCCAGCAAUUCAAUGGAAAGUCUUUAUCACAAGAUUUUCUGGCCAAACCAGAAUAAGGACAACCAGGAGGUUGCACCUAAUGAUGAAGCCGUAGUCAUGCUGCUUUGUGAAUGGGCAGUGAGCAGUAAAAGAUCUGGCAAACACCGGGCAAUGGCAGUGGCCAAACUGUUAGAGAAGAGGCAAGCUGAAAUUGAGGCAGAACGAUGUGGUGAGGUGGAAGUCUUGGAUGAAAAGGAAUCCAUUUCUUCAGCAUCACUUGCUGGCUCCAGCUUUCCUGUUUUCCAGAACGUCCUCCUUAGAUUUUUAGAUACCCAAGCCCCCUCAUUAUCUGACCCAAACAGUGACUAUGAGAAGAUGGAAUUUUUGAAUCUAGUGCUGCUUUUCUGCGAAUUUAUACGGCAUGAUGUUUUCUCCCACGAUGCUUAUAUGUGCACUUUAAUAUCACGUGGAGACUUAUCGGUCACUGCAGCCUCCAGAUCACGCUCACCAGCAGGGGAAACCAUGGAUGAACAGUAUGCUAGGGAGCAAGAUAUGAAGCUGGAGAUCUUUUCUCCAAUGCCAGGGGAGUCUUGUGAGAAUUUGAAUUCCAUAUCCAUAGUAGACAGAAGAAUUUCAGUUCACAGUGAAAAAUCUGUGAAGAGGGAGAAAAUGAGGGAUCUGAUCUUCCCAUCAAAUUACAACCUCCUGCGCCAUUUACAAUAUGCCACACAUUUCCCUAUACCUCUGGAUGAAACUUCAAGUCAUGAAUGUAACCAGCGCAUGAUUCUUCUUUAUGGUGUUGGCAAGGAACGUGAAGAAGCAAGGCACCAGCUGAAGAAGAUUACCAAAGAUAUCUUGAAAAUCCUAAAUAAGAAAAGCACUACUGAAACCAGUGCUGGAGAUGAAGGGCAGAAAGUCAGAAAGAACAAGCAAGAAGCAUUCCCCAGUUUAGAAAAUGUGUUUACAAAACUACAGCAGCUCUCAUAUUUUGAUCAGCAUCAAGUGACAUGUCAGAUCUCUAACAAUGUUCUGGAACAGAUUACAAGUUUUGCUUCAGGAACAUCAUACCAUCUUCCAUUAGCUCACCACAUCCAGCUUAUAUUUGAUCUGAUGGAGCCUGCUCUAAACAUCAAUGGGCUUAUUGAUUUUGCUGUUCAGCUGCUGAAUGAGCUGAGUGUGGUGGAAGCUGAGCUUCUGCUGAAGUCAUCCAGCCUGGCAGGAAGUUACACAACAGGGCUGUGUGUUUGCAUUGUUGCUGUGCUGAGACAUUACCAUGCUUGCCUCAUUUUGAAUCCAGACCAAACUGCUCAGGUUUUUGAAGGAUUAUGUGGUGUUGUCAAACAUGUUGUAAAUCCAUCUGAAUGCUCUUCCCCAGAAAGAUGCAUUUUAGCCUAUCUCUAUGAUCUCUAUGUUUCAUGUAGUCAUCUCAGAAGCAAAUUUGGAGACCUUUUCAGUAGUGCCUGUUCAAAAGUAAAACAGACCAUCUACAGCAAUGUGCAGCCUUCAAACUCCAACUUGUUAUGGGAUCCAGAAUUUAUGUUGGAUUUUAUAGAGAAUCCUAUCCGCAGCCUCAACUAUUCAGUGUUGGGCAAGAUACUGAGUGACAAUGCACCUAGUCGCUAUAGCUUUGUGUGCAAUGCACUAAUGAAUGUGUGCAUGGGUCAUCAAGAUGCAGGAAGGAUUAAUGACAUUGCCAACUUGUGUGCAGAGUUAACCGCGUGCUGUACAGUGCUGAGUUCAGAAUGGUUAGGCGUCUUAAAAGCCCUUUGCUGCUCUUCAAACCAUGUCUGGGGAUUUAAUGACCUCCUCUGCAGUGUGGAUGUGAGCGAUCUCUCAUUCCAUGAUUCAUUAGCUACCUUCGUUGCUAUCCUCAUAGCCCGUCAGUGUUUCUUCCUUGAGGAUGUAGUCCAGCAUGUUGCACUUCCAUCUUUACUUACUGCAGCCUGUGGAGACCCAGAUGCAGAGCCUGGGGCAAGGAUGACAUGCAGACUGUUGUUGCACCUCUUCCAAACACCUGAGAUUUCCCUGCUACCGACUGGGAAAUCUUUCCCAGGAAUUCGAUCAUCUUGUGAUCGUCACCUCUUAAGUGCUGCUCACAACAGCAUAGAGGUUGGUGCUGUGUUUGCUGUUCUGAAAGCAAUACUUAUGCUUGGUGAUGCUGAAAUUGGAAGCAGCAGCAUCCCUACCUUGAAAAAAUCAGAUUACUCAGUGCGAAGAUUACUGAGUGACCUCAAUGAGGACGAUUUAUGGGAUGCUUCCUCACAUUCAUUGAAAUCAUGUGGAAAACCUAUCUCCAUAGAAACUGCUAGUCUUAGUGAAUAUGCUAGAUAUGUACUAAGAAGUAUAUGUCAGCAGGAAUGGGUGGGAGAGCACUGCUUGAAAGAACCUGAAAGGCUGUGUACUGACAAAGAUCUUAUCCUGGACCCAGUUCUGUCCAACAAACAAGCACAGAAGUUGUUGCAGCUUAUCUGUUAUCCUCAUGGUGUUAAAGAAUGUCCAGAGGGUGAUAACCCCCAAAGGCAGCACAUCAAGCGGAUUCUUCAGAAUCUAGACCAGUGGACUCUCCGACAGUCAUGGUUGGAAAUCCAGUUGGUGAUCAAACAGUGUAUGAAGGAGCCUGGUUCUGGGUCUGUGGCUGAAAUGAACAGCUUGUUGGAUAAUAUUGCAAAGGCGACAAUAGAAGUGUUUCAGCAAUCCGCUGAUCUAAACAAUAACUCUUCUAACUCUGGUAUAGGCCUCUUCAAUCCAAACUCUGUUGGAAAUGCUGACACACAUAUUACGAGACAGAACAGUAAAAAGACAUUCCUAAGUUCUUCUGAACGACAAGGUGUUUGGCUGGUGGCUCCCCUCAUUGCAAAGCUGCCUACCUCUGUCCAAGGGAGAGUCUUGAAAGCUGCAGGAGAAGAGCUAGAGAAGGGCCAGCAUUUGGGAUCAUCUUCCAAGAAGGAGAGAGACAGGCAAAAACAAAAGAGCAUGUCUCUUUUGAGUCAGCAACCUUUCCUUUCUUUGGUACUUACUUGCCUUAAGGGACAGGAUGAGCAGCGAGAAGGGCUUCUAACAUCUCUACAAAAUCAAGUUAAUCAGAUAUUGAGCAACUGGAGGGAAGAACGUUACCAGGAUGAUGUCAAAGCUAGACAAAUGAUGCAUGAAGCCUUGCAACUCCGUCUUAAUUUGGUGGGUGGAAUGUUUGACACAGUGCAAAGGAGUACACAGUGGACUGCAGACUGGGCACUUUUGCUCCUUCAAAUAAUAACGUCGGGAACAGUUGAUAUACAAACCAAUAAUGAAUUAUUCACAACUGUGCUUGACAUGCUGAGUGUGCUGAUCAAUGGAACCUUAGCCUCUGACCUAUCAAGUGCAUCUCAAGUCGGAUCUGAAGAAAACAAAAGAGCAUACAUGAAUUUGGUGAAAAAGCUAAAAAAAGAACUAGGUGAUAAGUGUUCAGAAAGCAUUGACAAAGUCCGUCAGCUUCUACCAUUGCCCAAACAGAUGUGUGACAUUAUUGCUUGUGAGCCCAUGGGAUCGCUAAUAGAUACAAAAGGAAACAAAAUUGCUGGAUUUGACUCCAUAGAUAAGAAACAGGGGCUUCAAGUCUCAAUGAAGCAGAAAAUAUCACCUUGGGACUUGAUUGAGGGCAACAGGAAUCCUGCUCCGCUCUCCUGGGCUUGGUUCGGAACUGUCCGGAUUGACAGAAAAAUAAUAAAAUAUGAGGAUGAGCAGCACCUCCUCCUUUAUCACACACAUCCUAAGCCUAAGCCACGAAGUUACUACCUCGAACCUUUACCUCUUCCUCCUGAAGAGGAGGAGGAGGAAGAAGAGCCCACUACACCUGCAUCUCAGGAACCAGAAAGAAGGUCAGCAGAGCUGUCAGAUCAGGGAAAACCUCCAACUGAUGAAGAAAAGAAGGGGAAAAGCAGGAAAAGAAAGAUGAAAACAACUUCCAGAAUAGAUGAUUACCCUCAAAACAACUUAUAUAGAGUGCCUCCAAACUAUUCACCAGUUUCUUCUCAAAUGAUGCACCAUCCUCAGCCUGCUUUGUGGGGCUACAAUGUUAUGACACAGCCCCAGCCGACAAGCUUCUUUGUCCAGAACCAAGCUCUUCCUCCAGGUGGCUCCAGACUGGAUCCUACUGGCUCCUUUGUCCCAAGCAACACAAAACAAGUGCUAUCUAACAUGUUGCAAAGGCGUUCUGGAACCAUGAUGCAGCCCCACUCCAUUCAUGCUAUUACUUCUCAACAGCAACAGCAGCUGCUCCAGAUAAAGCUUCUGCAGCAGCAGCAGCAGCAACGACUUUUAAGGCAGCAAGCCCAGGGUCCAACAAUUGAUCAGGCUGCUAUUUUUGCACAACAAGUCCGGCCUACAUCUCAGCUUCCACAAUAUCCAGGGAUACAGCAGGCACAGACCAUUCCUCAUGGCUAUACAAUGUAUGGGACUCAGAUGCCACUACAGUCACAACCCACUGGAAGUUUAGUCUUUUCACCUGCCUACAACCCCAGGGUGUAUCAGGCAACACCUUCAAGCCCAGCUCUAAUUGAAACGCUAAGGCAGAUCCAGCAGCCGCCGAGUGGAUACAUUCACCAGCAAGCAGCUGCCUACCUUCAGCCUUUAACGGGAAGUCAACGUAUGAAUCACCAGCCUUUGCAGCAGAAUUCCUUGGUUGGAGGGACAAUAGAAGCAAUCCCAGCCUCAUCUUCCCACCCAAACCUUAAUUCGGUACAGAUGCCUCAGGAACAGAUGAGACAGAGACAACAAAUUCGUCAACAGCGACUCCUUCAGUUGCAGCAACAGCAGCAGCAGCAACAAUCCCUUAGUCUCCAAGCAAUGCAGCCUCAGCAGCCUUUGUUCCCAAGGCAAGGUUUACAGCAGACACAACAGCAACAACAGACGGCUGCUCUUGUCAGACAACUCCAAAAACAGCUGUCAAGUAACCAGGCGCAACAGGGUGUGAAUCCAUAUGGUCACCCUUCGCACUUCUGAACCUAGAAGAUGGAAGUAAAACAAAGCGUUUGCACUGAAGAAUAAGAUGACAGAAAUUCAUGCACUAGUAAUUUUGUUCCUUUCUUUGUGCUGCAACUAAUGUGAAUAUGUAAAAAAAUAGAUGAUUUUUUUUUGCAUUUAACUAAUUAAUAUAUUGGGUCUGUAUGAAGAACAUUGAUGUUGAAAAAUACGUGGAUUUGGUGCUUUUAGGGUAUUAACACUUCCCUCUCCCCAGAAGUUUAUAAAUCCUAAAUUUCUUUUUGUGGAAAACAAGGUACUCAAGAAUGGUACUGGACCAAACUACUGACUAAAUAGCACUUUUUCCUCCCUUCCUCCCCCCACCGUUCCUUCUUUUCCUUUUCCUUUCUUUUUCCUUUCCUUUUUUUGCAGAAUGUUUUCUUCUCCUACUUAAUCCAUUUUUGGUAAAAUGUGUAUUGAUUUUGGUCAUGUUAAUUUUGAUCAAGUUUGUAGUUUUCAUACGCACUUUAUAAAAGCAUUUGUUUUCAAAGUCCUUGAUUUUCCCUCUUGCUUUAUUGUGAUAAUAAAGGUCUGAAGGAAGAUCCUUA